AUGGAUCCUCCCCUGACCCCGACGCCCGCCCUCGGCGGCUCUCUAUCGCAGGGCAUGUCGCCCUCGUCCUCGAGUCCGAGAACGCGCCCCCAACGCAGCGAUUACCCACUUUCCACUGAUAGCAGGACUGGGAACGGUCCAAUGGGCGGUCGAGACCAUGGCCCGGCCACAACAUCUGAGACCCGCUUAGAGUUCCCCACGACUGAUGGCGGUGGUAAGUCCUCCAAGGCUUCAAAACGCAAGAAGAAUCGCAACCGCAAACGUCGCAAUCGCCAGGAAUCGUUCCUCACGCCUAAUCGAGAGGAAUCUCAUGAUCACUCUGGAGCCACAACUGGGAGCGGCGGGGCCAGAGAUUCGAUGGAGGGGGAGCCGCCCACAGCAAAAGACCGUCCGUCAUUUUUCAAAUUCGGCAGUAAUUUGAGUAAUACUAGCAUCGAGAGCGAUGCCUUGCUGGACCAUCGUGCGCAGCCCAUGAUGCGACCUCGACGAGAGAGCCGCACUGCUACAACAUACCGUCCUUCUCUACUCGCCGGUGCCUUCCGGUCUUUUGAAUCUCGAUCUCGCAAUACUCCAGGAGGAAGUCGAGUGCAACACCACGAUGGGGAUAGUGAUGAUGACGAGGCGAAUGAUCGGACACCAUUGAUGCGCCCUCCUUCCGGGCAUGCCUCCGGUCUCGGUCGCUAUGGGACUGAUUCUCGACCGAGCCCGUUCUCCCGUCAACGACGAGCGUCCGUUCAGACAACCUCAUCGCAAUGCUCGCCACGGGGUCACCAUAGCCCAGCCUACACUCCCGACGUAGAGCGCGACUAUGAUGUGAACAACCCGCCGUCGAUUCCAAGCUCACCGAAGCUGGGUCCGGAGAUGAACUAUGACGAUGCUGUGGUUACGGGUGCUGAUUUUGACUUCCCGUUGGGGCGAUCCAUGGACACCCGUCGAGAGUCGACGGGCCGCAUAAAUGAUGCCGUGAUCGACAUGGAAGGUGGAACAGCACGACAUUCAACACCUUCUUCCGUUCAUUCCGGGCAUGUUUCUCCUGCGGAGCUGCGGCGGCGCCGAACCGUGGCCUUGCCAGUGCAAGAGGAUGUUUGCUUCCCCACCGAGAUCUCCGAGAUAGGAGACGAAGGCCCAAGGAUGCCGAUGAAUGGUGAACGGCGGAGACGUAGCAAGCGUCAAUGGCCGGAUCUAUCGGUUCUUGAAGAAUGGAGUCGGGAGGAGAAAGAGGAACGCAGUGGAGAUCUCCGUGUCAAAAAGAUCAGCGAACCUAUGCUCAUCGAGGGCCGCCUUCGUCCUCAGUAUAAAAUGUGGCGACGCGAAGAGGACGACGCGCCCUAUCGAUUCACGUAUUUCAACGAAGAGUUCCAGAGUACCAUUCACGCUCAAUCCAUAUCCGAGUUGGUUCAGCCAGGUGGUAGCUUCAAAGAGCUCUUCAUCCCCGACCCGCCCGAACUGGAGGAUUCAUCUGAUGAUGAUGACUUUGAAGGUGAUUAUGCGGAGCACAGUGGUGCCAAUCACUGGGGUCCUCGCACCGGCACCCGCGUCUCGCCUUCGCAUAACGAUUUACAAUCUUCAAAUGUCACCAGUGGCACCGCAACUCCCGCCCCGGAUCAAUCACGCAACGGAGAUAAUGGAAACCGGGGUCCUCCGCGCUUGUCUGUGCUGAGCGAUGAAGGUCCAGGAUCGAACCGAGAAGCCUCGCCAUCACACUCCAACAUUCCUCCAAAGCCCAAACGAUACGGCCCUCGUCCAACCUUUUGGCUGGACGUGCUCUCCCCAACCGAUGCCGAGAUGCGUGUGAUUUCCAAGGCAUUCGGUAUCCACGCUCUCACAGCAGAAGAUAUCAUGAUGCAAGAAGCGCGAGAAAAGGUGGAGCUCUUCCGCAGCUACUACUUUGUCAACUAUCGUACCUUCGAGCAGGAUACAAACAGCGAGAACUAUCUCGAGCCUGUGAAUAUGUACGUGGUUGUAUUCCGUGAAGGCGUGCUGUCCUUCCACUUUUCGCAGACACCGCACCCAGCCAAUGUGCGACGGCGAAUCCGCCAGCUCAUGGACUAUCUGAUUCUGAGUUCGGACUGGAUUUCCUACGCUCUUAUUGAUGACAUCACUGACGUCUUCGGCCCCCUCAUUCAAAACAUCGAGGAUGAGGUCGACGAGAUCGAUGAGAAGAUCAUGCAGAUGCACUCUUCGAGCAAGGAAGCCUCCUCUGGCGACAAUUUAACCGUCUCAUUUGCACCAGGUGAAAUGCUGCGGCGCACUGGUGAAUGCCGCAAGACGGUCAUGGGGCUGUAUCGGCUGCUGAGCAACAAGGCCGACGUGGUCAAGGGGUUUGCCAAGCGCUGCAAUGAGCAGUGGGAGGUGGCACCCAAGUCAGAGAUUGGUCUGUAUCUGGGUGAUAUUCAGGAUCACAUUAUGACUAUGACUGGAAACUUGACGCAUUAUGAAACGAUCUUGUCUCGUGCACACUCCAACUAUCUGGCGCAGAUCAACAUUCUCAUGAACGAGCGCCAAGAGCAAACAGCUGAUGUCUUGGGCAAGCUGACUGUGCUAGGUACCAUUGUACUCCCCAUGAAUAUUAUCUGUGGUAUGUGGGGGAUGAACGUGAAGGUGCCGGGUCAAGAUAUUGAUAGCCUAUCUUGGUUUUGGUCGAUCACGGGUGGCUUGCUUCUCUUCGGCCUUGCCUCGUUCUUGAUUGCCAAAAGGGUCUACAAUAUCGUCUAA